AUGCCCAUUGAAGUGACCGAAACUGCGACCCAGGCCGCCGCCCGCGAGGAGCGCGCGAAGGCAGGCAGGCCUGCACAUUGGCUGAAUGACGCGGGCACGCACUUUCACAACCCAUGGCCGAGCUUCCGCGAAUCAGUAACAAACCUUUCCGACGUUGGCGGGAUAAUCGGGACCUUCGCACAGGCCAUCUUCUGCCCACAGUCGACAGCCCGCAAAGACGAAAUCCCGCGUUUCGUGCCAGACUGGGCCGAGUUCGCGCCAGAGAACGACAAGACCCGGGGAAAGGUGCGGGCCACGUGGCUCGGCCAUGCGUGCUUCCUUGUCGAGCUACCCGCCCCCGUGGCUGGCGCGCGGGGGCCAAGAAUCCUCUUUGACCCGGUGUUCAGCGAUCGAUGCUCGCCGAGUCAGAUUAUGGGGCCGAAGCGGUAUACCAAGCCGCCGUGUAAGCUCGAUGAGGUACCCGAGUUUGACGCAAUCGUCAUUUCGCACAAUCACUAUGACCAUAUGGACACCAACUCGCUCAAAGUCCUCCUCUCCCGCCCCUCUGCGCCACACGUCUUCGCGCCUUACGGAGCUGCCAACCAGUCCUACUUCCGGAAACUGGGUGUGCCGGCCAACCGCACCCACUGCCUCGACUGGUGGGACGCGCGGCGCGUCACGACAACCCUCCCCUCCGAUAAGGCGGCCAGCAUCGCGUUUGACGUCACAUGCACUCCGGGACAGCACUUCACGGGUCGCGGGCUGCACGACCGUUGCCACACGCUCUGGGCUGGCUGGGUUGUCGAGUCAGCGCCCGGGCCCGACGACAAGAAGGUGAAGACAACGGGCAAGGUGUACUUCGCGGGCGACACUGGCUACCGCUCGGUUACCUCGGACACGGAUGACGGGCCGGACGACCUCCCCGUCUGUCCUGCGUUCAAGGAAAUCGGCGAGCGCUGGGGCGGGAUGGAUCUCGCGCUGAUUCCCAUUGGCGCUUACACGCCCCGAUCCUUCCUGUCGCCUGUGCACAGCGCGCCGCGGGAUAGCGUCGCGAUAUUCAAGGACGUCAAGGCGCGGCGCGGCCUGGGCAUGCAUUGGGGCACGUGGCUCCUCGGCGCGGAGCAGAUCCUCGACCCACCGGAGAAGCUCGCGGAGGAGGCGCAGAAGGCCGGGCUCAAGGAAGGUGCGUUCACGGUGUGUGGCAUUGGCGAGACCGUGCUCGUGGAUGCUGGCGGGAAGUAA